GGCGCCGGCGGGCCCGAGGCCCGUCCGGGGGAUGGCGGGGACCCCGCGCCGUCCGGACGCCGAGGAGGCGGCGGAGGAGGCGGAGGCGGCGGAGGCGGCGGCGCGGCUGCGGGGGACGUUGCGGCAGCUGCUGGGCGGCGUGAGGGAGCGGCUGGCGGGAGCCCCGUCCUUGGAGGGCGCCGAGGACCUGCUCCUCCGCCUGGAGGAGACGGACGAGGACUUCCACAACUACGGGUUUGUGAAAUACCUCAGGCAGUACAUAUGCAACACCCUGGGAUCUCUGAUCGAAGAGGAAAUGGAAAAAUGCGCUGCGGCUCAGAAUCGGAGCGAAGGACUUGGCUAUGACACCCUGGUUCAGCACGUGACCAAAAGAACCCAAGAAUCUAAGGAGUAUAAGGAAAUGAUGCAUUCCCUGAAGAAUAUCAUGAUGGCGGCCGUGGAAUCUCUAAUCGACGAGUUUGAAGGAGAUCAGCUACGACGUAAAGAGACGCAAAAGAAAAUUCAGAAGGAGAAAUGCUACUGCGCGGACAACUGCUCUGACAGCGACUCCUCAUUCAACCAGAGUUAUAAAUUCAAUCAAGGGAAACUACAGUUAAUUGUAGAAAGGCUAGAACCUGGACAGCCUAAGGAGGUGCGGCACGAAGCGAUGCAGAUCCUGUGCUCGGCCCCCCCGUCCGACGUCCUGAACUGCGAGAACUGGCCCGUUCUUCGGGAAAAACUAACGGUGGCUCUCGCCGAUCCGGAUUUGGCAUUCAGCGACCGAAUUUUGAGAUUCUAUGCGCAGACGUUUACACUGUCACCUCUUCAUAUGACAAAGGAAAUUUAUACCAGCUUAGCAAAACAUUUGGAGUUGUACUUUCUCUCGGGGGAAAACCAUAUUCCUACCCUUUUGACUGGGGUAGACGUAACAAAUCCGAAUAUAGUCCGUCUGCUUAAAAAGGUCCGUCUUCUAAAUGAGUACCAGAAGGAGGCUCCAUCUUUCUGGAUUCGGUAUCCAGAGAAGUACAUGGAGGAGAUUGUGGGGAGCACUUUGUCUCUCUUGUCGGUUAAACAUGGUCAACGCCUGCUGGUCUCACCGAAGACUCUGGAACCGAUAUACUUCGUGGCACUGCUCGAUGUCAAAGCCGUGUGGUUCAAAAAGUGGAUGCACGCCCAUUACAGCAGAACUGUCGUUCUAAGACUCCUUGACAAGAAAUAUAAAUCUCUGAUUACAUCUUCGGUUCAGCAGUGCAUCCAGUACUCUGACUCGUGUGAGGUCAUGCGAUCUGACGAAACCCUGAGGCUUCAGCAGCAGUGUGGUAAUAAACAGAAGACUUUCUAUACGGGACAAGAAUUACAGUACAUUUAUUUUGUUCACUCACUGUGCCUUUUAGGAAGACUAUUGAUCUAUACCCAUGGCAGAAAGUUAUUUCCCAUAAAGUUGAAAAAUAGAAAAGAUUCAGUCACCCUCACGGACCUGCUGGUACUGUUUACGCGACUCAUCUAUUGUUCUCCAAGUUGUCCAAAGGUGAUACCUGCUGAGCACACAGACGACUACUCUCCUGCUAGCCUGGUGACCGAAGUGCUCCUCAUACUGUGCGACCAGAAAGAAUGCGCGACCGAGUGUGUCUAUAAGAGCACAGUGGUUGAUGCCCUGCUCCAGCCUAUUAAGAAUUUGAUGGCAGCAACAAAGGCUGCUCCGAAGUGUUCUGAAACGGCACUAAUUUAUAUAGGUGACAUUUUGGCAAGGAUUGCUUCAGUGGAUGAAGGCCUUGCCCUGCUUCUCUUUGGAGAAAAUGCAAGCUCUUCUAGAGAAGAAAGCCUUGCAGGUGCUCAUGUGGUUGCACAGUUUUCAAAGAAGCUCCUCGAUGAAGAUAUUCCUGUUAUGUCUGGAUCUGAACUGUUGCCUAUCGUUAAAGGAACUUUUAUUUUUGUUUGCCGCCAAAUGUAUAGUACUUGUGAAGGUCUACAGGUGUUAAUUCCUUAUGGCUUGCACGAGUCAAUCGCCGACGCGUGGAGAAAGACCAGUUUGCUUUCCGAGAGAAUUCCAACUCCUGUCGAGGGAUCUGACUCCAUCUCCUCUACCAGUCAGGAGUCCCAAAACCUCAUGGCAUGGGAAGAUAAUUUAUUAGAUGAUUUGUUAAGUUUUGCCGCUACUCCCAGAGGACUUUUACUUCUUCAGAAAACAGGUGCCAUUGAUGAAUGUGUGACAUUUAUGUUCAAUCGAUAUGCAAAAAAACAACAGGUCAGCAAGCGGGAAGAGUUUGACUAUGGAGUGAUAGUGACCCAAGUGGCAACGACAGCUGCGGGUGCAGUAGCUUUGCAGAAUUCAGGAUUUAUCGGUGCUCUCGUGACGGAACUGUGGGCCUUGCUGGAGUGCGGAAGAGACGACGUCGGAGUCACACACCCCAGAUCUACCCCAGUGGAUCCCAUUGACCGAAGUUGCCAGAAGUCUUUCCUAGCCCUGGUGAACUUGUUGUCCUCUCCGGCUGUUUAUGAACUGAUUGGAAACCAGGAUAUUCCAAAUAAAGCAGAAUAUUCACUUCGGGAGGUUCCUACGUGCAUUAUCGACCUCAUCGAUAGGCUUAUUGCUUUGAAUUCGGAAGCUAAGAUUCGCUCUUUAUUUAACUACGAACAGUCACAUAUCUUUGGUUUGAGGCUGUUAAGUGUGUUGUGCUGCGAUCUAGACACCCUUCUCCUCCUAGAGACUCAGUACCAAGUGUCCAAAAUGCUCCUGAAAGCCCAGGAGGAGAAUGUCACAGAGGCCCCCGAGGGUCACGGGAACUUCAUAAUUGAUGGUCUGUCAGUAGAGAGAAACCAUGUUCUGGUUAGAAUAAAUCUCAUUGGUGGACCACUAGAACGGAUAUUACCUCCCAGACUGCUCCAGAAGGGUCACGAUCCAUAUCCCUGGCCAAUGUUUUCGUCGUAUCCUGUGCCCAACUGCUAUCGGUCAGAAGCCGCUCGAAAACCUGAUGGAAAACAAGAUAGCGAUACUGGCGAGCUAACAUCAUCCUUCAAGAUCUCCGACAAACCCGGCGUCUGGAUCGACAGCUGCAGAAGGCAGUUUUGCAAAACCAUGAAAAUGAAACCCGGAGCCUUGAGUGGAGCCGCUUUGGCAGAAUUAAUGGAAAAAUUUGUGUUGCAUCUCUCGGAAACCCCAUCGGAGUGCUCCUUCACCACGGUAGAAUAUAAAGCUGCUGAUGUAAAUGUGAAGAAUGAAAGCCUUUCAUCUGUGCAGCAACUUGGCAUUAAAAUGACUGUCAGCUAUGGUAAAUUCCUCAAUCUUCUGAAGGAAGGUGCUGAGAAUGACCUUACACUGGUAUUAAAGCACUGUGGGAAAUUCCUGAAACAGCAACAAGCAGAUGUGAAGUCUUCGCUCCGCUGCCUCCGGGGUGGUUACCCCGGCCAUGACUGGUUUGUGUCUUCUGUAUUUAUGAUCAUGUCAGGAGACAAAGAGAAGACCUUUAAAUUUCUCCAGUGCUUCUCCCGACUUCUAACGUCAGCUUUCCUCUGGUUGCCACGGCUGCAUCUCUGGAGACACCUACCUCCCGACGUAGGGGAGUCGGGCAUGCAUCCAGUGUAUUUUUGCAGCGCUCACGGCAUCGAGAAGUUGCUUAAAGCAGAAGUGCCUCUCGUCUUUUCAGCUUUCCAGAUGUCCGGCUUCACACCCUCUCAGAUUUGUCAGCAGUGGCUAACUCAGUGCUUCUGGAAUUACCUGGACUGGGAGGAGAUUUGCCACUAUAUUGCAACGUGUGUUUUCCUGGGUCCUGACUACCAGGUCUAUCUGUGCGUGGCCAUAUUCAAACAUCUGCAGCAAGAUAUUCUUCAACACACUCAGACUCAGGAUCUCCAGGUCUUUCUGAAGGAAGAAGCAUUGCGUCGAUUUCGAGUGAGUGACUAUUUUGAGUACAUGGAAAGUCUGGAGCAGAACCACAGACCUGGGCUGCUGAGAGACAUGAGUAACAUCGCAGGGCAAAGCGCCUAGUUGAAGUCAACGUGCAUGGCUGGUCCAGGUUUUCCCUGGCAUACGCUUAAAGGGAUGCUGGGGGAAUUGUGUCGAUGGUCAUUAAAAUUCAGGCUUUUGAAUGUACUUAGUACAAAAUCAAUAAAGAAGGUCUUCCGAAUAUAAUAGAUCUUCAAGAAGACAUUUUCUAAAUCGGUGA